AUGAAGAUUCUGUCUAGUGUUUAUCUAUCUAUAUUAAUCCAUCAAUUACGUACAAUACUGGUUGUUGUCGCAAAGGAAACAUGCAGCAUGGCAAGAUUUGUUUGCUAUCAAUGUGAUUCUCGUGUCGAUGACGGCUGCGGUGAUCCAUUUAAGAUGCAUCAAGUCAAUCGAACAGUUGAAUGUGCUGAUUAUUGCGUUAAAUUUUUCCAUUCAGAAGGCACAUCUGCUAAUAGUACAUUUGUAAGGCGUGGCUGUUUAAAUGAUUAUGCACUUUAUCGCUUAUCGAAAAUUGAUGUUUGUUAUCGACAUGCGGCUGGAACAAAUUUUAGUAGUGGAAGAUUUUGUAUGUGCGGAAAAGAAAUGUGCAAUGAUGUUUCAAUUGAAAAAAGUUCAAUUUAUUUAAUAAUCGCAGUACAAUUACUAUUAUUAACUAAAUUGAAAAGGAUAUUCUUCUAG